GCCCCGGCGGCGGCGCGGCGGGGCGGGAAGGGGGAAGUUUUAAACCGAGUGGUGGGAGCCGGUGGCUGGCGUCCCGGCGGAAUGAAGCUGCAUUGCGAGGUGGAGGUGGUCAGCCGGCAUUUGCCGGCCUUGGGGCUGAGGAACCGGGGCAAGGGCGUCCGGGCGGUGUUAAGCCUUUGUCAGCAGGCGCCCAGGACUCCGCCGGGUCCCCGAGCGGGAGGCGAGCGGGGCGGCCGUCACCCCGCCUGUUUGUUCAUUUCCACCCUGAAGGACAGGCGCGGGACCCGCUAUGAGCUAAAGGAGAAUAUUGAGCAGUUCUUCACCAAAUUUGUGGAUGAGGGGAAAGCCACUGUUCGCUUAAAGGAGCCUCCUGUGGAUAUCUGUCUCAGUAAGGCCAAUUCCAGCAGUCUAAAGGGUUUCCUUUCAGCUGUGCGACUGGCUCAUAGAGGCUGUGAUGUUGAGGCACCACUUUCAACCCUCACACCAGUGAAGACUUCAGAAUUUGAAAAAUUUAAAACUAAAAUGGUUAUCACAUCCAAAAAGGACUAUCCUCUAAGCAAGAACUUCCCCUAUUCUCUGGAACAUCUUCAGACUUCUUAUUGUGGGCUUGUUCGGGUUGAUAUGCGUAUGCUUUGCUUAAAAAACCUUAGGAAGUUAGACCUGAGUCAUAACCAUAUAAAAAAGCUUCCAGCUACAAUUGGAGACCUCAUCCACCUUCAAGAACUUAACCUGAAUGAUAACCACUUGGAAUCAUUUAGUGUAGCCUUGUGUCAGUCUACACUCCAGAAGUCACUUCAGAGUUUGGAUAUCAGCAAGAACAAAAUUAAGGCACUCCCUGUGCAGUUUUGCCAGCUCCGAGAACUUACAUAUUUAAAACUUGAUGAUAAUGAAUUGAUUCGACUUCCUUUCAAGAUGGGACAACUGAGGAACCUGCGGUUUUUGUCAGCAGCUCGAAAUAAGCUUCCAUUUUUGCCUAGUGAAUUUAAAAAUUUAUCCCUUGAGUACUUGGAUCUUUUUGGAAAUACUUUUGAACAACCGAAAGUCCUUCCAGUUAUACACCUGCAAAUGCCAUUAACUUUACUGGAAUCUUCUGCACAAACCAUAUUAUAUAAUAGGAUUCCAUACGGCUCUCAUAUCAUUCCUUUCCAUCUUUGUCAAGAUUUGGAUACUGCAAAAACCUGUGUUUGUGGAAGAUACAGUAUAAGCAGUUUUAUUCAAGGAACUACUACCAUGAAUCUACACUCUGUUGCUCACACUGUGGUCUUAGUAGAUAAUAUGGGUGGUACUGAAGCACCCAUUAUUUCUUACUUCUGUUCUCUAGCCUGUUAUGUAAAUUCUUGUGAUAUGUUCAAGUAAUAGGUGAUACCACAAAAAGAAAUUCCAUUUAGUCUCCGACUAAUUUGGGAUUCAAUUAUGGUUUAAAUGUCAAAUUGGAGAAAGGGCAGCUUUCCACGGAUUUUGUAUACUUGAAUGAGGGGAAGAAUGUGUGGUGUCUAACAUUUUCAAUCAUUUGAUUGUAAAACCUUAAUUUCAUUAAAACCUGGUUAAUUUUA